AUUUGAAAAUGUUGGAAGAAAUGGAUCAUCCCAACCUUGUUAGGCUCAUCGGUUAUUGCUUGAGAGGCAAAGAGCUCCUCCUUGUGCACGAGUUCAGUGAGAAUGGAAGCUUAGAAGGUCACUUGCUUCAUGGAGCUGCAGAAAAACUUCCAUUGGUGACAAAGAUAAAAAUAGCAGUUGGAGUUGCUCGAGGCCUUGAUUUCUUGCACAAUACACAGGAAAAAACCAGCAAGUGGCUGUUUGAGAUGCACAAUAUAUUGCUCGACAAGGAUUUUAAUGCAAAGCUUUCAGAUUUUGAUGUGCGGAAAUUAGUACAUGGUCAUACGCUUGAAGAUCACAGCCUCGAAUGCUAUUACCAUCCGUGGCGAAAUCCUUGUGAACCAAAGGAUGCUAACUUCGAUCAUGGAGUUGUGUUGCAAGAGUUGCUAUCGGUUCUACAGAUCGGAUAUGAUGACCAGGUGAUAAGCAAACAGAUGCUCUUUGGCUCAGAUAUCCGCCUUGGUUUAACAAAAAUGCUGGAAAAGCUAGAAGUGGAUGACAACAUUACGGAAAAGGAUCGUACUUGUCGAAACUGAUCAUUUUUGGCUUGCUCUAAGAUUGUAUAGUUUGAUUUUUCUAUGCCGGUGCUAAGACUCACGUGUGUUAGUGUAACAAUUUGUGAAUGUACAACCAGUAUACUAUUUGACUUUGAUC